GCCGAUUUUCCGAACUGGGAUAGAGGGAAUCCGGAGCGGCAUCAGACACACAGCAACACAACUGCCAGGGAAGCGUGGCACUGGAAAGAAGGGCAUUCAAUCAUUAUAACCUAGGGCACAACUUUACCCAUCACCAUUAAUACGGGACGUCUAAGAGGUGGAAAUCACGCCGGGAUCUGGGGACCAACGCAAUCGUUAAGCAAACUCGAUUUAUCAGAGUCCGAACCAUGGGAACGGGAAACAAGCUUUAUUGAUCAGGGCUAGCUGACGUUAGCAUCACAUUAUCCUGCCAGCUACUGAGACUGUUAUCGCAGUUCGCAGUCGUUAGCCGACCUUGCUUGACGGUGAAUUGAACCAACUCCGUGAGGCAAAAACGGAAGGAUUACGGGCUGCACCGACACGACGGGCGAUGUUUGCUUGGAAAUCUAGCUAGCUAGCAAGCACGCUAGCUAGCUUGCUAGCUACGCCAGCUGAGGAUCUGUGCCUGUUCAAUUCGCCGUUUGUGUUUUUCUUUAUUUUCAAAUAUAUGUGUUAUUUUUUAUCUGGUAUUAUUCAAGCAGUGGGUUAGACCCGCUCGUACUUUAGCAAGUUAGCUAUCUGGCUUGAGUUACCUCAGGUAUAUUCAGAAACCCGUGCGUGUCGCUUGUGAAGGUGGAAAAUGGAUGCGGGUAUAGAGAAAGAGUGCAGCGCUUUAGGAGGGCUUUUCCAGACCAUCAUGAACGACAUGAAGUCCAGCUACCCUGCCUGGGAGGACUUUGUGACCAAAGGAGUGAAGCUGCAGUCCCAGCUGAGGACUACCCUCUUGGUCACCAGUUCCUUCCUGGAUGCCUUUCAGAAAGUGGCCGACUUGGCCACUGGGACCCGAGGGGCGACAAAGGAGAUCGGGUCUGCCCUCACCAGAAUGUGUAUGAGGCACCGGAGUAUCGAGUCCAAACUGAAGCUCUUCACCUCGGCUCUGACCGAGAGCCUGAUCAGCCCCCUGGAGCUGAAGAUCGAGGAGUGGAAGAAAGUGGCCAGUCAGCUGGACAAAGACCACGCCAAAGAAUACAAGAAAGCUCGCGCUGACAUUAAGAAGAAGUCUUCAGACACCAUCAAGCUGCAGAAGAAAGUGAAGAAAGGGAAGGACGAGGUGAGGAUGCAGCUGGACAGCGCCCUGCAGGAUGUGAACGUGAAAUACGCCGUCCUGGAGGAGACGGAGAAGAGGGCCGUCUGCCGGGCUCUGAUCGAGGAGAGGGGCCGGUUCUGCUCCUUCGUCACCAUGCUGCGCCCCGUACUGGACGAGGAGAUCGGCAUGCUGGGAGAAGUGACUCAUCUGCAGACCAUCCUGGAGGACCUCAGCACCCUGACUGCCGAGCCCACCAAACUGCCGCCUGCCAGCGAGCAGGUGAUUCUGGACCUGAAGGGCUCUGAUUACAGCUACACCUACCAGACCCCCCCUGCCUCCCCUGGCACGCUGUCCCGCAAAAGCAGCAUCAGCAGUAAUUACCAGCCUACCUCAGUGCGCCAUGUUCCAUCUCUGGACUCCAUAUCCAGCGCUGUGGACGGCAUCCACCUCCGACCCUCCUCCACCCACUUUCCCAACCCCUCACAGGGUCCUGCUGGCACUGAGAAUGGCACCGCCAUGCCCCCCCCUCACAACGCCUACUCCCACCCCGGAGAGAGGGCCAGGGCCAUGUCCACCUCCAGCAAGCCCCAGACCGCGCGGGAGCAGCUGGCUCUCACGCUCGGGGGAGGGGGGCUGAAUUCGGACGCCCCGCGCACCAGCCACGACUCGCUGCACUGCUCCAGCGGCUACAGCACGCAGACCACCACGCCCUCCUGCUCCGAGGACACCAUCCCCUCCCACGCUGUAAAGAAAGAACCUCCUCUUUAUGACUACGACUACAUCUCCCUGCACGGAGGGGAGGAGGCUCACGAGCACCCCGAAUUCGACAGGUCCUCCACCAUCCCGCGCAACAGCGACCUGGGCCAGAACUACCGCAAGCUGUUCCAGAGCAAGCGCCCCGCCUCCACCGUCAGCCUGCUGGCCGAGCCCGAGCCCCUGCUGGGCUCCUCCCACGUGGCCACCAUCCGCCGCAAGCCCUCCAGCAAGCCCAACUUCCGGCGCGGCACCAUCAGCGGGGGGGUCCCCAUCCCCAUCUGCACCCCCCAGGUGCCCCUGCGCGCCCAGAGGGACGCGGGAGACCUGUCCCAGGCCAGGCAGGGCCUGUGCACCUCCACCCAGAGCCUGAGCACCGGAGCCCCGCCCUCCGCCUACUACGCCUUCAUCCCUCCGUCAGUCCCGCCCAGCAAGCAGCAGCUGCCCCACCCGCACCAGCAGUAUCUGCCCCAACAGCAGUAUCUGCCCCAACAGGAGAAUCAGGCCCAACAGCAGUAUCUGCCCCAACAACCCCACCCACACCAGCAGUAUCUGCCCCAACAGUCCCACCUGUACCAGCAGAAUCAGUCCCAACAGCAGUAUCUGCCCCAGCAACCCCACCCACACCAGCAGAACCUGCCCCAACAACCCCACCUGUACCAGCAGAAUCAGUCCCAACAGCAGCAUCUGCCCCAGCAACCCCACCCGCACCAGCAGAACCUGCCCCUACAGCCCCACCUGCCCCAGCAGCCCCAGGUCCUGCCACCCCAGCACCUUCAACUGCAGCAGCAGCUCCACCCACAGGUGCAGCAGCACACCCUCUACAACCCCGCCUCCACCCCCAGCCCCACCGCCGUCUCUGCGGUAACGAGCCCCUCGGCCGAGUCCGCCCCCUGCCCGGAUGCUCAGGAGGCGGAGCCAUCGGGGGGCGGAGCCAUGCUGACCAUGAUCCGUGGCGUGAAACUGCGCCGGACUCUGACCAAUGACCGCUCUGCCCCCAUGAUCACGCCCAAUCACCUUUAACUGAGCUCUGAGCCCCUGCUCCAAUCACACCCAAUCACAUCCAAUCACUUUAACUAAGCACCACCCCCCCCUCCCCUCAAUUGCAUCCAAUCGCCUUUAACUGAGCUCCCCCCCCAUCAUGCCCAGUCACCCUUAACGGAGCUUGGCCCCACCCCAAUCAUGCCCCAUCACCUUUAACUGAGCUCAACCCACCCCCAUCCAACCCAAUCACCUUCAGCUGAGCUCAACCACCCCAUCCAACCCAAUCACCUUCAACUGAGCUCCCCUGCCCAAUGCCACCCAAUCACUUUAGCUAAGCUUUCCCCGCCCCCCCAUCCCAAUCGCACCCAAUCACCUUCAACUGAGUGUCCCGCUCCUGCCCCCCCCCCCCCCACCAUCCCGGCUGACUCACACAGCUGAAUUUUGUUUCCUGUUCCCUAUUCAUUUCAUAUUUCUGUUUGUUUCAAUAUUUCCCUGUUCACUUGUUUGCAUUUUGUAAAAUUUUGGGAAUUUGUGGAGGAGGUUUUUUUUUUUUGCCUUUUGUGCUGUUUGAAAAUACUUGGAUCAAAAAACUCCCAGCAGCCCCUGCUGCCGGCGAUGACUCUUACUGUGCGCCAUUCAGCAUCACCACGGAAACCGUUGCCUGUUUUUCCAGCAGUUGAACAUUCGCUAAUGGCCUUUGUCGAACGUCGGUGCGGAAAGUUAAGUUAAACGUCAAUGUGAUUGCUGCAGAAGUAUAUAUUUUAAAAAAUUGCCUUGCUUACUUAGCACAUAGUCUUAAAUUGCCCAUGGACUCUUGGACAAAAAAAAAGUUAAACGUUUAAAGACAUUUGUAUAUAUUUAGCGUAAUCAAAAUCGGAACUGAAAAACUUAAUGGUAUUUAGUUUUAUUAGAUGGCAUCUUUGUCUUUGAAAGAGCUGGGCGUCUAUUUUUGUAAAGGACUACCGACCUGGCUCCACGGACGAGGCUAUCGGGGGGCGGACCCAAAUCGGAAUGAGGCGGACACGUUUGUUUCGGGCCGGGCGAAACGAACGCAAGGCGGGGGAGGGGUUGUGAACCUGUGACCUCUUGUCCCUCGGCUGACCGUAACGUGGAUUAUCGUUUUCACCUCGCCGUUCUUCGAUGAUUUUGUGACCACUUGGGGGCGCCCUCGCGAUUCGCCCCCCCCCUGCCCUGGUGCCGCAGCGCCAGGCCUUUGUACUGGAGUGAUUCUGCGCUGGCCCUGGAACUUGAGGAGGGGACGUUGGACUGUGAGCAGUCCCGGGGGCCCGAUGUGCUGUGUGCAGUGGACCUGCUGGCUCGUUGGUGAUGUAAUCGCAUCGUUGGUCGUAAACGGCUCAAAGUCUUGGGGAGCUUUCUUGCGGAUGCUGGGAUGUCUGUAAUGGUCUGAUUUAUCCAUGUUUGCCUCAUUUCAAUCAAUAAAAUCCUGUCUGUUUGUUUUC